AUGAAAAGCUCUCUGCAGCCUAUAAAUCAAAGUACAUGGCAAAAGACUACGCUUGCUAUCACACACACCACCGGAUCUGCCUCCAGUUCGUUCCCUCUUCUUUCUCUACGGACUGGCCUGCGCGGAACAAGCAUGGCUUCUUCUUCCUUCGCCGCUUUAGCGGCUCUAGCCAUGAGCUGCCUCCUCAUCCUCCUUCCGUGCAGCGUCUCCGGUUGGUCUCAUGGCGGCGCGACAUGGUACGUUCCCCCCGAAGGUGCAGGCACUGACGGUGGUGCAUGCGGGUACCAGCGCGACGUGGAGAAGCCGCCGUUCUCCGCCAUGAUCACGGCGGGCAGCCCCUCCAUCUUCAAGAACGGCAAGGGCUGCGGCGGUUGCUACCAGGUGAGAUGCACCGGCAAUGCCGCUUGCUCCGGGUUUCCGGUGACCGUGGUCGUCACAGACGAGUGUCGUGGCGGGCCGUGCCUGGCCGAGGCUGCCCACUUCGACCUCAGCGGGAAGGCGUUCGGCGCCAUGGCGAAGCCCGGCCAGGCCGACAACCUCCGCAAAGCCGGCAGCAUUAGAGUCCAUUACAACCGGGUUCCGUGCAACUGGCACGGGAUGGACAUCGUUUUCAAGGUGGACGCAGGCUCCAACCCGAACUACCUCGUAGUGCUCAUAGAGUACGAGGCUGGCGAUGGAGACCUGUCGGCGGUCGAGCUUCAACAGCGCGGCGGCGGAUGGGCAUCGAUGCAGGAGUUGUCGGGUGCGGUGUGGAAGUACAACUCCAGGUCCACCCUGCAGGCGCCCAUAUCGAUCCGCCUCACCUCCGGCUCCGGCAAGCAGCUCAUCGCCAGCAAUGUCAUUCCCUCCGGAUGGCACGCCGGAAGGACCUACCGGUCCAUCGUAAACUACUAG